CGCCAUCUCUGUCACGUGCGAUUACCGCACCCAUGGCAUGGCGAGUUACUUCUACUAGUGAGAGGAUGGAGAUAUCUUACUCCCCGGAGUAAAUAAACGGCGGCUGCCGGCCACACCACCGCCGCCUCCAUCGCCAUAAAAUUCACCGCCAUCUCAUCUCUUCCAGCUUUUGCAGCAGGAUAUGUGCAUUGUUCACUGCAUUAUUCACGUUUUUGUUUUACUGUUUUGGGUAUGUUCGAUCUGUAACCUUAGGAUUAAGCCGUCUGAAGAAAGCGUUAUAUGUACUUUCCGAGUCUCUAUACUCUGUAUCUCGUUAAGUACAACGUGAAACUGUGAAUCGGAUCUCUUCUGAGUCCUGCGUGAGCUCAGAACCGACAUCCAACACAGUUGCAGUUAAUCCCGAGAAAUCUGUUAAGAUUAGUGGAGAACAGAGAGCAAAGGGCAGGUGGUAAUUAAUUUCACUAAUUUGAUUUUAUCUUUUGUAUUCAUGUAACGUGUAAAUGCAGGCCGUCGUGCAGCUCACUGGUGGAUGGUGGAGCGGAUUGUGAGGUUAAUUAAUGUAAAUUAUAUGAACGAGAUAAAUUAAUUAAAGUAGGAUGCAGGGAGUGUCAGGUGUUUGUUUGUUUUUUUUUUCCUUCCUUUUCCACGUCUUAAUUACCCUCUUUCUCUAAUUAAUUAAGAACCUAGGUCACUAAUCUUUUUUAGUUUUCAAGUGUAAAGAAGAAAAAAGCGAAUCUAGCUGGUGGUACUAUGAAGACGAUAACAUCAAUUUGAAUACACAUUCAAUUUUAAAUUUUUGGAGCAAGACGUACACAUUCCUUAUUCACAAAUCGAGACAUCGCAUUCCCUGUCUUUCGUAAAAAUGACUGACAACAGUUAUGAGAUCAAGGACGCGGCUGAAUUUGUGUACACAAAACAUGGGUUUCCUAAUAGAGUUUUAGAAUUAGAAGUUAUGGUGUGAACUCGCGGUAUGAAGUUGCAGAAUUUGGUAGGUUCGCGUGCAAAAAGGGUGACCAAGGCCAUAAAAAGGGGGGGUAGGAUUUCGGUUAAACCGAAUCGUAGUUCCGAACCCGAAAAAACGACUCGAAACAUUUUUCACGAAAAAUGUAAAACCAAAUUGUCAAGAGGGCUUAAUGAUUUUGAUUUUCUCAUAGAACUUCAAAUCGAGACCAGCAACGAUUUUAAUUGUAACCGAUAAACACAAAACGAUUUCGAGCUUGAAAGCACCUUUUUUUUUUUAAUCAAGUUGUUCCUUUCUCUCUCUUUUUUUUUUUUAUUUGUAUUUCUUACAGUGAGUGACUUUUGGGAAUGGUGUAAUUUUGCGGGUUAUUCACUUCACCUUUCCUCGUCAAAAUGGCACCUCCAUAUUUGUAGCUGUCCUCCCCUGUCCCCCUUCUAACGCAAACCCAAAACUCUCUCUCUCUCUCUCUCUCUCUCUCUCUCUCUCUCUAAAUCACUUUCUUCUUCACACAACACCCAAUUCCCUCUCCACACUCCACUCCCUCCCUCAAAUUGUACCAAGAAAGAAAGAAAAAAAAUUAGACAGGAAAAGGGGUAAUGGAAGCACCAGAAUUGUACCAAUCUAACAAUGGCGGAGGAGGAUUCUGCACCGCGAACGAAAGGCAGCACUCUAGUAUUGACAAUUCCAAGCCCAGUAAUGGCGGUGGUGGAAGUGAGCAUUUCGUCGUGGAAGACCUCUUGGAUUUCUCCAACGAGGACGAGGACGAGGAGGAGGAGGAAAACGACGCCGUAUUGACGGCCGACGAAUCCUCCACCGUCGACAACAGCUGCAAUUCCUCCUCCGGCUCCGACCCUCCCGCUCCUCCUCCUCCUCCUCCGGCCGCCGCACCUUUCUCCGACUCCCACUUCUCCAACGACCUCUGCGUCCCGUACGACGAUUUGGCGGAGCUGGAAUGGCUGUCCAAUUUCGUGGAGGAAUCGUUCUCCAGCGAGGAACUGCAAAAGCAGCAGCUCAUCUCCGGGAUGAAAUGUUCAUCCCACCACGCCGCCGGCAGCAAUUUCGUCCCCGAGAAUCCCACCGCCGGCAACAACAACAACAACAACAACAACAACCCCAUUUUCACCGCCGACGUCUCCGUCCCGGCGAAGGCGAGGAGCAAGCGGUCCCGCGCGGCGGCGUGCAACUGGGCUUCCCGCCUCCUCGUCCUCUCCCCGUCUUCCUCCACCUCCUCCUCCGCCGCCGACCCGCCGGAGCUCACCGUCGCCCCACCUCCGCCGCCGGUUCGGCCGACGGCGUUUUUGCACCAGCACCCGGCGAUGAUGACGAUGAUGAUGAUGACGGGGAAGAAGACGGCGAAAUCGACGACGCCGAAGAAGAGAGACGGCGGCGGCGGAGGAGGAGGAGGGGUGAGCAACGGCGGCGGGGAGGGGAGGAGGUGCCUGCACUGCGCCACCGACAAGACGCCGCAGUGGCGGACGGGCCCAAUGGGCCCGAAGACGCUGUGCAACGCGUGCGGGGUCCGGUACAAGUCCGGGAGGCUGGUGCCGGAGUACAGGCCGGCGGCGAGCCCGACGUUCGUGCUGACGAAGCACUCCAACUCGCACCGGAAGGUGAUGGAGCUGCGGCGGCAGAAGGAGAUGAUGAUGACGCGUGGGCCCCACCACCACCACCCGGUCAAUACGACGUCGUCUUCCCAUCAUCAUCAGCAGCAGCAGCAACCGUUCUUCCACGGCCAUUCUCAUCAUAAUCACCACCGUCAAAGCGUGGUGUACGACGUCGCAUCCAACGGUGGCGGUGACGAUUACUUGAUUCAUCAACACGUGGGCCCCGAUUACCGGCAGCUCAUUUAGCGGGGGCUUUUUUUUUUUUUUGUCUUAAAAGGGUAAAUUUAGGAUAGGCGCGAGAGAAACAAGUCACGGAGUUUAGUGAGUUUCGCUUAAUCUUUUUUUUUUCUUUCGCGUUCUAAUUUUCUUUCUAUUUUUGGUUUAAUUUUCUUGCUUUUUUUUUUAUUUUUGGGUUUUGCCUAGCAUUUUCCAAAAAAAAAAAAAUUCUCAGACUAUACACGAGUUUUGUCCUUGGUGAUUUUACGUAAUGAGGUUAGCUAUUUGCAAUUUGCAUGCAAUUAGUUUUUGUUUGGUUGUUUAUUAUAGUGCAUGGCAAAUUGCGAGUUGUCAAAUGAAAAAGCAUGCUACGGAUUGCGAUGUGGACUAGUGAGGUAUAGAUAGAUGAUAGCAUUAAUGUGUGCGUAUCGCACCAAAUCUCGAGCAAAAUAGUCUUGCUGGAAUCCAACUUUACGAAUGAGUGACGGUCUAACAAACGAUAUAUCAUCUCAACACAGCAAAUUACUUCUGUUCCGUCGCCAAUUGGAUUCCAAAUUCCAAGGCAAGAUCGGCUCCGACCAUCUCCGCACCCCGGCCAGUUCCCAUUGGGCUCACUUCUCUCUCUCUCUCUCCUUAAAGAAAACGACCGACAGCAUGCAUCACAAUAUCUCGCACUUAAUAAGCAAUCAAUCGACAACAUAGAGUGUCGUCGCGCGAGAAUUCAAACACGAACCCUCUGAUGCUUUUGUUGCUGAUCUGUUGAUAAUAUUUUGUUGGUUCCAAUAACUCGAGAAUCACUAGAAGCAAGUGAGCAACUGGUCUGAACAAGACAAGUGAUACAAAAUUCCUAUUCAAAUCUCUCCUAACAACUCAACUUAUUGAUAUCAACUAGUUGUUGUUCGUCCCACACUCUAAGCAUUUGGAUGGGUUAAUUGUCAAUGUGGUAUUUGUAGAGUCAAAUAACUCAUUUAUUAUUCAUGUGGUAUUUCAUUGUUAUUUCAAUGGUAAUUGAAAUAAAGUAUCUCGUUUGGUUGAACCAUGCAAAUGUGGUAUUCGACAUGUGGUAUUUGGUAAAAGCAGAGUGAUAAAACGGAUUAUUUCGAAAUAACACAUGAAUAUAAGUUAUUUCAAUUAUAACUCGUUUUGGGUUAUUUGUAAAUAACUCACUGUUCAAAUGAUGGAAAACUUGCAUAAAUAUGCAUAUUAUAUCAAACAUAAAUUUCAGUGCAAGAGACUUGAUCAUGAGCGGUUGGUAACGAGAGGUGGGCGGUGGGCUGAUUGGAUUGGGAUCGUUUCAUAUCCCAGAGAAUGUUAGAAAACCAAAGAGGUUUUUGCAGCUUAUUAUUGUUUCCUUCCUUUUUACUUAAGUCUGUUGCAUGAAUUUCCCCAAACUCCAUUUACAAGUUCGAGGGAGAAAGAUAACAUAUAUACAAAUUUCCCAAAUAUUAAUCUCAUUUUCACUUCCUCACAGUGUAAAAAUAACAGAUAAUUAAUUAAACCCUAACCCUAAACUUUUAAUUGGUGAUAAAAAUUAAUUAAGAUAAUACAUGGGGUUAGCAGUUGCACAUUGAUGCACGAUCCUAUGCAGACUCUACAGUACUAUUUUUACACUGAUCCAAAGACCUUGCAGUGCACACAGGCAAGUAGAUUACUAGAUUAUAAUUUUGUAUAAAUGAUUAGUAUUCAAUUAUUUUUAUCACCUACUUAUUAUUAAUUUAAUUAACCCUCAAUGUGAAGGGGGAAGCAAAAUUUGCAGUGCUCACGUGCCCCUUCGGUUCCUCUCCAGCUUGAUUAAUUAAAUAAUUAAUUAGUAAAUAAAGGGGGGGAUUAAGCUUUAAUGUGGUUUCUCCAUGCAGAGGAUCACGUGCUUCCUCUCCACAGCGAUAUUCAUGGGUCAUGUUUAAAAGGUAAACCCAAAAAGUAAGUAAAUAAAUAAACAGAAGUAAAUGUUUUUGAUUAAUAAUAUACUUAAUUAAGCAAAGAUUAAGGG